UGCAGAUCUUCCUGGUCUGGUGAGAAGCUUGUAUUUAAACCGACUACCGAGUAACAGUGUAAUACCUCUCAGAUCUAUACUCCGCAUACGUCCGUCUUAGGCACCAUCAUUUUGUACCUGCAUCUCUGACCUCAUCAUCCACACCGCUAUUCAAGACUCAAACAUUACACUCUCGUCAUGCCCGUCGUCUCACGUCUCGUGUCGAUCGUUCUCCGCGUAGUGGAAAUCAUCUGCGCUGCGAUCGUCGCUGGCAUCAUCGGUUACUACCUUGGUUCGUUGAAUGACCUUGAGGCUUGGCCUCAAGCACGAUGGAUCUAUACAGAAGUGGUCGCCGGUCUAUCCAUUCUACUGGGCCUGAUAUGGUUGAUACCUUUCUCGUUCGGCUUCUUUUCGUGGCCCUUUGAUGUCAUUAUCUCUCUCGCUUGGUUCGCUGCCUUCGGUAUCCUCGUCGACGCUAUCCACAAAUUUAACUGCGGAAGUAUCUGGGCAUGGGGCGGUAUUGUUCAUAACGACGUGUGUGGUCGGUGGAAAGCCGCAGAGGCAUUCAGCUUCAUCUCGGCCUGCGUCUGGCUCGUUUCGGCGAUCGUGGGUAUCUGGUUCACCUUCCGGGUCCGUGGUACUACAAGUGACGGAGUUAGCAACCGCCGUGGCUUCUUCAAGCGGUCCGCUGUCUAAAUAUGGAAAGCUAUGCUUUACGAUAUUGUUUGGUUUUCUCAGCUGCCCGACCAGCCCUGGGUAUGGCCGGCUAUCAGCGAAAAUCAGACCGGUAAUUCAAAGAGAGACAUCUAUCAACCCACACGACACUCUUUAUACCCCGAUCCUGACACGAUACUUCGCAUCGUGAUUCAGCAUUGGCGCAAUACAGCGCCGCCACAUGUGAAAGUCGCGUUAAGUUCCACUUGAGAUUCAUGGCUCGCCAUCAGCGAGAUACAUGACCAUUGACACGGGAAACGACCUAAUGAUUCUCUUUAAUUACAAUUAAUACUAAUACAGAUACCCA